GAGGUUUGAAUGGCAGAACUAGCUAGCAAAGUGUAGCUCAGAUAGAUAGCAAAUUGUAGCCUGCACAGAGCCCUUAGAUAGAUGGAUGGAUGGAUGGAUUUUUACUGUUAUAAUAAAAUUGAUAGUAAUAUAAUGUCACACACUGUUGGUUAAAUAUCUGUUUUUGUACCUCAUGAAUCUCUGUGAGAAAAACAAAAAAACCCAAAGCUGUUAGUGUCAGGUUUUGCGGCCAGUAGAAGACGACCUACUUAUUCAAGGGCUGGAUAUCACAUGAUUUUAAAAGACUGGUUUGCAGGGUAGAAAAAAUUUACAGUGUCAGGUUUUGAGGUAUAUGAUAUUUUUUUUUGUUUUGUUUUGUUUUUAUGAAACAUCACUGUUUAAUAUGAGUGAACUGAAAUGAACAAAAUCUAUUAAACUACCAGACUGGACGAUUCUUUUAAAAAGAGGAACUAGCUAGUAAAUUGUAAUAUAUAUAUGGAUGGAUGGAUGGAUGGAUAGAUAAAAUUGGUAUCACACCCAUAGAUAGACAGACAGACAGACAGAUAAAAUAAAAUUGGUAGUGCACCCAUAGAUAGAUAGAUAGAUAGAUAGAUAGAUACAAUUGGUAGUGAACCCAUAGAUAGAUAGAUAGAUAGAUAGAUAGAUAGAUAGAAUAAAUUUGGUAGCACACCCAUAGAUAGAUAGACGGAUAGAUGGAUAGAUAGAUGGAUAGAUGGAUAGAUAGAAUAAAUUUGGUAGCACACCCAUAGAUAGAUAGAUAGAUAGAUAGAAUAAAUUUGGUAGCAUACCCAUAGAUAGAUAGAUAGAUAGAUAGAUAGAUAGAUAGAUAGAUAGAUAGAUAGAAUAAAUUUGGUAUUACACCCAUAGAUAGAUAGAUAGCUAGAUAGAUAGAUAGAUAGAUAGAUAGAAUAAAUUUGGUAUUACACCCAUAGAUAGAUAGAUAGAUAGAUAGAUAGAUAGAAUAAAUUUGGUAGCACACCCAUAGAUAGAUAGAUAGAUAGAUAGAUAGACUAAAUUUGGCGGCACACCCACUGGGGCUUUAAAUGGCUGUUUGUUUACCUCAGGAAUCUCUGUGAUGAAAUAAUACUCUUGUUAGUAAUAGGUUUUGAGGCAAGAGAAGGACGACUGCCUGCCUUUUCAGCUUCACUGUUUAAUAUGAUUACACUGACAUUAACGGGUUAAAAUGCCAGUAAACUACAGACUAGUUCAACAGGAGCUUUCCUUAAAUCCAAAUCUCUCCAUUUUACACUUCAUGGCCAGAACACAACACAGCCGCGGCAUAACUGUAAAAGUCUCCUCUGUGGAGUAACCCGUCUCGAACAGGGAACAGGAACUCGUGUCUGUAAAACACUCUAAAGUAAAGUCCAGAUGUCUGACUCGACAAUUAGCGGAAGACAUGUAGAUUCACCAGCGUAAAAAACCGAGCUGUCAUGUGUAAAAAUGUCCUCCGCUGUUCGAGUAAAGUCGACGCGGAGUUGGUGUGAUGGCGCAGGGGGAAGUCCCUCAGGAAAUCCCCGCACGGCAAUCACCAUUUCCAGCGUCAAAAAACUCUGACCUUCUCAGCUUCUUCUAACACAGCCAUGAGCCCGUCGACACCGACCUGAGGAGAAAUAUCACACAUUCAUGGAGUAAAGUAAAGACAAACCCUGAAAACAGACUCUUCUUUUUUUAAAAAAACAAAACAAAAAGAAAAAGAGGAAAGAAAAAAAAAACGCGGACGUUUAAAGAUGGACGACGACGUUACGAAAUUGCGGAGUUACGCCACUUUGAACACUUUCUAUCACGAAACUCAGCAGGAGAUUGCCAAUUUAGGCACACAGAUAUUAACCCGAGACGGAAUUAUAGCUGAAUUAAAAGCCAGGUUGGUUAAAUAUGAGAGGACGUGUGUGAGAGUUGAGGGAGAAGAACCUUGUGUGGUUGGACCAUCCAAGUCUCUAGUGGAGACCUUGUGUAGAGAGAACAUCAAACUCAACCAGAAGCUUAAAGAGGCUGAAGUGGACUCAGCCCAGAAACUGGAAUCCUGCAAAAGAGAGAUCCAGAGCCUGCAGCAGAAGCUGAGGGAGAAGGAGCAGAUGCUGGAGUGGCCCGAGCACGAGAAGGAGCGCGAGAUCCAGCACCUGCGAGCCAGCCUGGCAGCACGUGACCGGGAGCAGGCCACCCGGGAUGUCCUGUGCAACUCUUUGGCUGACGAGGCAGAGCAGCUCAGAGGGCAGCUGGGAGCCACGGUGCGAGUGUGUGAGGAGCUACUGGGGAAGCUGGAGAAGCAGAAGAAACUGCCGGCCAUUGCGGAGCGGAACACCCAGGUCAAUGAGGUGACCCAGUGCUCCGAGUUGGCUCGACUGAACGGCAUCAUCGAUAAGUUACAGGAUGAGAACCAGCAGCUGAAAAACAGAGUGGCAUACGUGGAAAACCUGAACUCAAAGUGGCAGAAAUAUGACCUGAGCAGGGAGGAGUACGUCAGGAGCUUGUGUCAGAAGCUGAAGGAGUCCAGCGGUGGGACGUCGGCAGGAACCGUGACUCUGUACCAGCAGGAGAUCAACCGUCUCAACGGACUCCUGGAGGAGAAGAUGCUGGAGUGCGACAGGCUGAGCCGAGAGCGAGACGAUCGCGUACAGAGAAACAACGAGCGCAUACAGAUGCUUGAACAGCAGGUCCUGGCUUACGUCGAAGACUUUAAGUCGGAGAGAGCGGACAGGGAACGGGCUCAGAGCAAAAUCCUGGACCUGCAGGACGAAGUGGGGCGUCUGCAGCUGCAAAUCCGAGCGCAGAAUUCCAGAGAAGCCACUCCGACACGGCGGAUCCUCCCCAGCUUAAAGAAAGUAAGCCGUAAGCAGACCGAAACGGUCGAGCCGCUAUUGCGGAACAGCCCGCCGGACUCGAGCGCCCGGCGGCCGAACGCUCAGCUCGCAGCGUCUGGCGCAUCCGAGCUGCAGUGCCCGCGAUGCCUCACCAUGUACGAUGAAAAACACACGGACGAGUACCUGAACCACUGGGAGGAGUGCGCCCGACUCUGAACUCCGCACAUUUCACACUCACACGAGACAAGAUGCACUACAGAAAUGUCUGGAAGACGUGUCAAAGGUACAAAUAUGGAGCGAGAGAAAACGGACAACAGACCUUUUUUUUUCUUGUUGCUUGAACAGAGUUAAAGCCAAGUUGUACGACCUUCACGUCCGGAUGGGAAUAAAUCCUCAGACUGGAACUUUUUUUAAUUUUAUUUUUAUUAAAUCAGCCAUUUUAGGGAUUUAUUACAACCCUGGAACAGGAAUUGAAACAGGAACGCUCAGAGAAACUGACCUCUGACUUAAAAUGGGUCAUUCCUGAUUCAUGGAAUCAUCAGUCAUGGGGUCCAAAUAUAUAUAUAUAUAUAUAUAUAUAUACACACAUACACACACACACUUAUACACACACCACAGCACUACUCAAUUCUCCAUUCUGAUUGGUCGAAAGGUGCUGACUAAAUUUAUAUAACAGCAGCUCUGACAGUAGUUCUGACUGCGAGGCAAAUCACAGGUUUAUAUUAACGUGCUCGCUCUGAGAUGUUAUCGUAACAAAGUUCUCACGUCAUAAACACGCACGAGGAAUAGUUACUCGAACAUUUAUCCAAAGAGUCUCGAGCGUCAGAUCUUCGCAAUAGUCAGAGGACGUCGAGCUCGAUCUCUUCAUCAUCGCAAGCUGCGUACGUUCGACUUAUUAUCCGCAAGCGAGAGGCGAAAAAAAAAAGCUAAUCUGGUGAAGGUUCGCUGCUAUAACGUAAGCGUUAACAAGAACUCGUUUCACGGACGUUCCGCAAAAUGAAAACGCAAAUAUAAACGGAUUGAAAAAUAAGAAAAUAAAUAAAUGGAGUUCGUUAAUAAGUUGAGUGGGAAAAUUGCUGUGGUAUAAAAGGAAUAAACCACUCUAACGUUAUUGGAAAGUAAUCAGCUUCAUGGUGGGGUCAGAAACUGGACCUCAUCACACCAUCAUGUUAUUGAUUAUUUUCCUAUAACAGCACGCACCCAAGUGUUUUAUUUCUUACACAUGUACUGCCAUCUUACUGCAAAUGUAUUGACA